AUGUCCAAUCGGCGCAAAUACCGCCACGUAAAACUCCGAAACACCAUGGACUUAGCAGUGGAAUUAAAAAUGCUCCGAUCGAUCCUCAAAACCCCUCGGUAUGGGGGGUAUGUUCGCCACAUAGAGCUGAACCGAUCCCCAUCACUAGAUUAUGGGUUUGUGCAGUCGUACACAGCCAAACCACCGCAGCGGUCCCUUCGAUCAAAGGACGAGGUCCGCCUGGCUGCGGCGAUCAAGCAGGCCGUCUUUGAUUGCCCGGAACAACAGGAGAAGAUGCUCAAUAUCUUACUACAGAAUCCGGCUAGCAUGGACCAUAACGACCCACGAGCCCCGUUCCUCGCCCAGGCGUUGGCAGCGUUACUGGUCAGCGUUUCGCCACUAUUAGAAUCCUUGAGUUUCUGCCCUGUCGGCCAGGAACCAUCGAAACUCUCAAAAUCAUCCGCUCAAGCCAAUGGAAAUCCACUACGGGAAAGUGAUUAUUUCCUUAAGCAUUUCUUAGACCGGGCGAACAGUAUCCCUCAGGAGACCCUGCCAUUCCUGCAUCAUCUUCGCCAGGUCCGAUUUCUUGUCGAUCCUGAUACAAGAAUCCAUCGCUGGCACUAUUACCAGCCCUAUGAUCUGUACGGCAGCCUCAACCUGGUAUACCGGCUCCUCGCAGUAGAAUCCGUCUGA